UACCAAAAAAAAAAAAAAAUAGAAAGAAAAAAGAAAAACACACUGACAUCAAUAAUGAACGUUGAUAUAAAAACAAUAAGAUUAUUAAGAUGGCGUUUACGUGGUGGUAAAAUAAAAUGGUGUAGAAAAAAAAAAAGAAAAGUAGCACAGGCACAAAAUUAAAUCCAGGAAUAUGUAGGAAAUUGCGUUAUAGAUGCACAGAUCAAUAUUGCACAAAAAGCUUGAGCUCAGAUUAACAGGAACAGAAGUAAAGCGAUGGAGAGCUAAUCGCCUCUAGCAAGUUAGGCCAUGGGACAUCACUAUCAAUCCUGCCUCACAUGGAGUGUUGGACGAAAGGGAAUAAAAUGCACGUAUAUAUUUACUCUCGUAGCUUUAUGUGGAGUCCCAUAGCAUGUUAGUGUGAGCACCUCAAGAGAACAAGUACACAUCAAGCGCUUAUGAGGGACAUCUUUAAAAGUAUCGUGUAGCAAGGGAGGUAAACGCACUUUCUCCCCUACUUCGGAACAAAGUUCUUGUUAAGUACCUUUAACCACGAACUAAUAUCUAUAUACAGUACGUCUAUGCUUUAACAAGACGAAGAAUGUCGGAGAAAUGAAGACUAGAUUGAUUGAAAUGAAAGAAGCGUUAUAAUGACAGUCUUGAUAGAUAAAUAAAAAUAAAUAUCGAAUCCUUUUAGAAAUCUAGAAGGAAUGUAUACUUUGCCCUUUGAAAAUACCUGAAGUUUUUCGACCGCCUUUCACCACUGCAGUGAGCGGCUCGAUCAGGGUUCGGAUCUCGUCUCUGGACACUCUAUGAUUUUAUUUGCAUGAUACUCAUGAAGACGUCCACUGUAUUGAAAACAUAGCUUUUUGCUCGUUAAAAAAAGUCUCUCCUGAUACCUGAGCAUGGUUACAUUCGUCAGCUGCGGCAAUUCAAGUGUAGUGAUCAACUGAUCAUUACAAAUGAAGGUGCACGGGACUAAUCAAAUCCUUCUCCUGCACAAUCGCUGAUCUUUUCCAAAAGGAAAGCUAACUUUUCACAAGCAAUCACAAAGCCAGAAGAUAUAAAACAUUAGGUUUAGUACGUGUGACCACUAAUACCUAAUGAUAUAUAGAAAGUUUUGAUAGAGUUCAACGAGGAAAAUUAUUUUCCACGCACUGUCAGAAUCCAGCGGCUUGUGGGAGUAAAGUUAUAACGACUGCUGUGUUGUUAAACAACGAAUUGCAAGGCGUAAAAACUUGUGUGCAACAUGACGAUAGCUACAGUAUAUUUGCGUGGGUCUAAGAAAAAUAGAAAAAAUAAUUAUUACAAGCAGCAGAAAAAAAAAUUAACCGUCCCUGGGUGGGCUCGAACCACCAACCUUUCGGUUAACAGCCGAACGCGCUAACCGAUUGCGCCACAGAGACCUCUGACACUGCUAUUAGAAAUGAGCCAAUAUAUUCAUAAGCUUUACAUUACUGAAUUUCUGUAACAAUAUCUUUGUGUCAUGCAGUAGUGAUCUAAAUACCAUUGACUCAAAUCUCAAGCAAUAAUAUCCUCGUAGACAUAGGUUUUCUUCACGUGUGUUUGCACAAGGCAUACCUGUACAGCCUGCAGGUGCGUGUUGUGACAAUAUUAAAUCAAACCUAACUCUUUUGCUGAGUAAUUCGGGCAACAGCUGAGCAAGUACUAUAAUUAUGUCAUAUAAAAAGUAUAAUUCAAGCAGAUCACGUGCAACACAAAUGACGCGAAGUUAUAGGAGGCGACUGAAAGUGAAGUGAUCACCCGCUUCUCUCAUGCUUGCAUCAGAUAUUGUAGUUUAGUACUUCCGUGUCAGCGGGUCAGAAGCCACACGUGGAAACGCGGGUACUGUGAGGUUUGUUUUUUUCACAACACGGUUACAGAACCUGGCAGCCAUCAAAGAUCAUUGUGAUAUCGAUGAUACCUUCGUGCUGCAAUAACAAUUCGCGAUGAGCCUCAGUACGCAUAUAUUUUAAAGAUGACAGUAAAACUUGGAUUUGUGGAAAACUUCACUCUCUCAGGCGCAGCAGCCAUCAUCUCCAAGACAGCUGCAGCACCUGUUGAGCGUGUGAAGUUGCUGAUGCAAAAUCAGAAUGAAAUGAUUAAGGCUGGACGUUUGUCAGAGCCUUACCAUGGUGCCAUUGACUGUACAGUUCGCACAUUUCAUGCAGAAGGAUUACUGCCCUUCUGGCGUGGUAACCUGGCCAACUGUCUUCGUUACUUUCCAACACGCCUCAAUUUUGCCUUUAAAGACAUCAUCAAAAGCACAUUCAAGUCCUCCCAUGGGGAAUCUUAUGCAAUUACAUUUGGAAAAAAUAUUUUUUCAGGAGCAGCAGCUGGAACAUUGUCCCUAUGUUUUGUGUACUCUCUCGACUAUGCACGUACCCGUUUGGCCAAUGAUACUAUUCAUCCUGGAAAGAGGAUUUCCCAACGCCAGUUUGAUGGUCUAGUUGACGUCUACAUAAAGACACUGAAAUCUGAUGGUAUUGAAGGCUUGUAUCGUGGUUUUGUAAUAUCUUGCAUAACUACCGCUAUAUAUCGUGGGCUCUACUUUGGCCUCUAUGAUUCUCUGAAGCCUAUACUGCUAGGUGAAAAUGCCUCCCUCUUUGUCUCAUUCAUUUUGGGUUAUAGUGUUACAGUAUGUUGUGGUUUGUUUACAUAUCCAUUGGACACCAUCCGCCGACGUAUGAUGAUGACUUCUGGAGAAGCCAUCAAAUACAAGGGCUCUAUUGAUUGUGCCAAGCAGAUCCUGAGUAAUGAGGGGUUCAUGUCCUUGUUAAAAGGAGGUGGUGUGAAUAUUCUGCGAGGUAUUGCUGGAGCAGGUGUACUGGCUGGCUUUGAUAAGUUCCAGGCUCUGUACAUUCAGUGGCGUUACAGUGCUCUCAGCUCAUGAAGACUAAGGAUGAAAUUCACUGAUUCAUCAUGACUCUCUGAAAACAUGUUUUAUCACUGUAACUGUGAUAAUGCUGCUGCUUCUGAAGCAAACAUAUUGUGAGUGAGACCUCAUGUUUUAGUACUUUCAGUGAGUAUAAAGGUUUGCAUUCUCAUCAAUGUAAUCACAGAUUGUAUGUGUAAAGAUAAAAAAAAAAUAAUUAAAAAAAUGAAAACUUAAACCAAAAUUGUAAAACUUUUACAUUUUCACCAGUGUCCUGUUACGCUUGUCAAGUUAAUCACCCAGUCACUGUAAAACAGGAAAGAAAUCUGUUUGUUUGUGGUUGAUAAAAAUGUAUCAAAGAUAUUGUGUGCAAACAGAUUUGUGGAUUAAAUACUGUCUGAUAUGUUAUUGUUUUUAGUAUAUUCAAACAAAAGAAUAAUACUCUUCUGACUAGUUUGUUUCUGAGUUAAACUUAAUUAUUUUCUCUCUGUAUGAGAGAGUGUGUGUGUGUUUGCAUUAGAGUAAAACAGUCAAUGCUACAUACUUUAGUAAAAUUAUUUUUAUUCUUCAGUCUCAUAUAUGCACUCUAUAUGCUUCAUUUUUUGCAAGGUUUCAGUUCUCGAAGUAAUUUUUCUGAGGAUCUUAAACUGACAUGGUUUGAAAAUCGGAUGACUCCACUGUUCCAUUUCGGUAUAACAGCUGCAAGAUUAGUGAGUGAAGGAUAGUUCUAAUUUUCAAGAAAAAUAAUUUACAGGUUAUGGAUUCUGAAAAUGAAAGAUAGUCAUUGGGUAUGAAAGUCAUUAUUUUUGAUAUGUUGAGCAAUAUGCAGAAGAAUUUACUGGAAGCCUGAAAAAGAUCAUGUAUUGCAUGUACACUACUAUCAUAGACUAUCCGAUUAAAGGGAAAAUACUGUC